GGAGGUGGGCCAUUCCAAGCAAAAAAAGAAAAAGCCCUGGGAGCCGAAGCAAUUGCCCCAAUUGCGAAGGCGUUUAAAAGACCUGGCUGGGAAAUGGCGAAUGAGAAGCGGGGCUUUGAAUGA